AUGGGUGCCAUGAUGGGCUCAGCCAAGAAGCCUGCACCUUUGGGCGGCCUUCACUUGCAGCAUCUUUCCUCUCUGUGGACUGGCCAGCAUGGCCAUUCCAGCGAGAAUCGCGACGCAGAAUUGUGCAUCCAGUUCCUCUUGUUGUCUGGCCAGCAGUUGUGCUUGCAAUUCCGCCGGGACGCGACUGUGCAAGCCGCGCGACAUCACAUCGCGCUCAUUUGCUGUCUCCCAAGCCAGGCCGUGCAGCUACUCUAUGCUGGAGAUCUAUUGCAAGAGGAGGUGCAUCUUUCGUCCCUGGGCGAAGACUCUGUACAGGUCAUCUUCAACGCGAGCUGCUUGCACAAGGGCCCUGGUGUUCAGCUGGCCGAACUGGGUGUGUGGCACGGCCUGAAGGUUCGUUCCUUGUUGCUGAAUCCGGUGGCUGCGGAGUCACGCGGAGUGUUGCGACAGUCAUGCGGCCUUCGUGGUCACCGUAUGAGCUGCUUCUACACUGCCAAAGAUGCAGAUGGCUCGCACACCUUGGUUUCUGCCCGCCGGAAAGGACACGCGACGUGUCGACAGUUUACCCUGGGCAUUGAGGGGCUGGACCUGUACUGCGGGAGAAUCUAUCGCUCUUCAGGAGACAAGGAGUACUUGCUCUGUGAUGGCUGGGGAGGACUCGGCCUUUCAGGCCACCGGAAAGUGCUCCAUUCGGCGAUGUUGCAAGGUGAGGCGAGAGAAAUGGGACUGCUCCGGUUCAAGAGCAAGAGACGAGUGGGCCUUCUCCACGUCGAGUUCGUUCUGCCGCGGAUGACGCCGGCCAGCCGUACACAAGACGGCCUGAAGAGCGCGCCGCUCCCGCAAUCGAUCCUGCAGCUCUACCACGAAAGAAAGUUGGACAACUUGCAGAUCCUUCCCGGAACGGCCGACGAAAGGAACGUGGAACUGCUUUUGAAGGGUGAGCGCAUCUUCGAAGCCUGGGUGUCUGAUGCCUCCCAUUGGGAGGUGAAGUUUGGGCCCCCGCUAUCUCAUUUCCAGGCCCUCGGAAUCAUGACGGCCGUCCUAGACAAUGCUAGCUCCGCCAUCUUCCACAAGUGA